AUGGAAAAUAUAAAUAUUAUUAUAUCGUCUUUAUCAGGUGAAAAAUUGAAACAACAAGUACCUGUGUAGACAAAAAUCAUAGAUAUUAAAGCUAUUAUUGCUGAAAGGAAAGGAUUGCCAAUUUAAGCAAUUAUAUUAAAAUUUAAUGCAAAAGACUUGGAUGAUUAAAAAACUAUUCAAGAAUGUAAUAUAAGAAAUGGAGAUAGCAUAAUAUUGAUGAAAAAGAUUGUAACUUAAAAACUUAGCAAUACUCAAGAUCUUAAGGCAAGUUAAAUUUAAAAAAAUGAAGAAUAGUAUAAAGAAUUAUUAGAUUUUGGAUACACUGAAAAAGAUGUCAUUGAUGCAUUGAAAAAAACUAAUAAUAAUUAUUAAGAAGCCUUAAUUAUAUUAUCAAAUAAAAGCACCGAAAAUAUUGAAGAAGAAAUUUAAUUUAAAAUUCCAACCUAAAAAGAACAAUACUAGGCUUUGCUUUCAGAAUAAAUUGUUCAUGAAUUAAGAGAAAGAGUGUCUAAUGAACAUGAGUGGAAUAGAACCAUAGAGACUAUUUAAUAAUAAAAUUUGUAAUUAUCAGUUCUUAUAUAACAAAAUUAAGAUCAAUUUAGGCAUUUGUAACAAUAGCAUGUUAUUAAGAAUAUUAUCAACAUUGAAGAUGAAGAUUUAAAAAUGUUAAUAUAAUUAAGAGAUUUUAAACGAAAUCUAGAUGAUAAAACUAUACUCAAAAUAUACUUAUAAAAUGACAGAGACCUAUUUUCAACAAUGCAAGAAUUAGAAAAUUUGUAAGAGUGA